UAUGCUUUUCCUGUGAAUACAGACCAACUUAUAAGUAAAGCACAGCAUCCUACAAACUGUAGAUGGAGUGACCUCACAUCAAUCUGAAUGGCUGAAGGAGGAAUAAGUGGCCUAUUUUCUCGUUUUACUGGAGGUGGAAGAGGCAACACCCAAGGAGGUCUAGAUGGAACUAACAUUGACAAACGAACUAUUGAAAGGGUGCAAAGAUUUCUAGAGAAAUUGGUGAAACUAUGCAGCAACCCUCAGCUAGGGUUGAAAAGAUCUCCUCCCUACCUUCUAGAUCUCUUACCACAUAUGUUCCAAACCCUGUCAGAGAUAUUCAAACAAUAUGACAGUCGGAUAGUCGAACUUAACAGUAACCAGUACUUCCGACUCUUCAUUGACAACAUCUGCAACAAGUUGAAAAGAGGUAUCAAGUUGUUCAGAGACAGCCGUAAUGUGUAUAAUGAGAAUAGCACAGAACGGAAGACACUUACCAGACUAUCUCUUCAUAUCAGUCACAUGUUGUAUGAACUACGAGCCCUCUUUCCUAACAGUAUUUUCAUUGGAGCAGAGUUCCGAAUCACAAAAGAAGAAGCUGCCGAAUUCUGGAAGAAUUCAUUUGGAGACAAAGUGAUUGUAUCUUGGAAAGAUUUCCGAAUGUCGCUGUCGAAUGUGCACCCAAUAACGAGUAGCUACGAGGCUAUGGCUCUGAAGUCUACCAUCGACCUUACUCACAAUGACAUGGUAUCAGUGUUCGAGUUUGAUGUGUUUACUCGGCUCUUUCAACCGUGGGAUACUCUCUUGAUAAACUGGAAAAUGUUAGCUGUAACACACACAGGUUACCAGGCAUUUCUGACGUAUGGUGAGGUAAAAGAGCGGUUACAGAAAUACAUUCAUAAACCUGGAACGUACAUAUUCCGCUUAUCGUGUACCAGACUGGGACAGUGGGCUAUUGGCUACGUUACAAACGAACACGAGAUCUUGCAGACAAUACCACAGAACAAGAGCUUGUGUGAGGCCCUGAUUCUCGGUGCUCAGGAGGGAUACUACCUGUAUCCGGACGGCAAGGAACAGAACCCAGACCUGACAGUCAUACAACACGAGAAACAGAAGAAAGUGAUACAAGUCACGGAGGAGGAGUAUGAGAUUUAUACAAGCAUGGGAUCUACUUUCCAACAGUGCAAGAUCUGCCAAGAAAACGACAAGGACGUUAAACUACAACCCUGUGCUCAUCUUCUGUGUUCCGAGUGUCUGUUCCAGUGGCAGGAGCACGAUAAAUCGAGCUCUCUAACCUGUCCCUUCUGUCGAGCUCAAGUCAAGGACUACGAGCACGUAGAAGUGGACCCCUUCCAUGGCAGCGUUACAACCAUACAAAAGUCGAGGAAAGAGACCAACAAGUUAGCACGAGUUGCAGAGGUAGUAGUAGACGGAGCUGGACCGAGUAGAGCAGCUCCACCUAUACCAGGCGCUCCACCCAUCCCAGAUAGGCGGACUAGUGUUAAACAACAGUCUAGUAGUGGUGGGAGCCCAAUCAAGGGGCAAGCUCCCGCGCCGCCCUCCAUCCCUCGCAGACCGGGUGACAAUGAAACACUCGUGCCGUCCCGCCCGCCUCCCUUACCACCUGUAAACACCAUGCCCAAAGUACCUGAUCCUUUCCAGCCUCCUCCCGUGACGAGCCAGCCACCACCCAUGCCAGGGCAGAACGCGCUGCACAUAGCACCCGCACCCCCGCCCAUCCUCACCGCACCGCCGGGCGGCGCUCCCAGCCUCCCUCUCAGCCAGCCUCCUCCUCUACACAGUACCCCUGGGAACGACUCUUUCUCUUCCUCGAUGAGCGCGACCAACCCCUUCUUUUCUGAUGUUCAAGCGUUACGCAGCCAAGAUCCCCCUGGAUUGACAGGCAACGCGGUUCAAUUGCCACCGGAACUCCCGCUACCUCCGAUACCACGUGACACACCACGUGACGACACCAGUGACGACGAAAUGUCCUCAAAUCGUGAUCUUCAGGAGCGUGACGAGGCUCUUGGGGCCCUCGGUUUAUCCGGAGGAAACGCUCCGCUUCCUAAACCUAAGAAGAAAACUAAAGAAGAGAAGAAGGAGAAGAAGGAGAAGAAAUCAAGCGAAGAGUUGAAGAAGGAGGUGCUUCAAAACCUUGGACUGGGUGACACUGAGAAUUUGCUGUCACCUAAAGAAAAGAAGAAGCCACUCCGGCCCCCGAGGUCUCCUAAAUGUAAGAAAGAACUGAGUGAGAAGGAUUUGAAGCACCGGAACGAAGCAUUAAUAAGCAUGGGUUUAUCACCAAAAGACACAAAACUUCCCAAGAAAGUUCGAGAAGUAAUGACUACUCAGGGUACUCUCUCCUCCUUGAAACCCCAACCUCCCCCUCUUCCCGUUACUCCGAUUCCAGGAGCGGGUCCUCCUCCAAUACCAGCUAGAGAAGUUCAAAUCCCUCAAUCCAGCUCAACCCCUCCACCGCUCCCUCCCUCGGCUCCACCCCCCACUUUACCUCCUAAUGCCUCGUUAACAGGAGGAACAGCCCCUCCACCUCCUCCCCCGAUUACUACUUUACCACGUGACCCAACUCUACCACCACGUGACGCAACUCUACCACCACCCCUUCCCUCUACCCUCCCACCUGAAGAUUCACCUCCACCCCUACCAUCCACUCUACCGCCUGGUGAUUCCCCUCCCCCACUCCCCUCCGCUCCCAUCCCGGGAACCCUUCCCAAAUCAAUCGAGCAGAACCACGUGAUCAUAUACGAAACAGAGGAUGAGAUUCCGGUCAGUUCUACUAAUCUGAACCACGCAGCGUUCAUCAGGUCUGACUCAUUUGAUGGCAUGAUGCCAGAGGAGGUGGAGUUUAAUGUUGAUAUCAGUGGGGAGUCCAGUUCGGCGGAUACCAGUAGGACUAGUACCAUGGAGGAUCCGAACAGCAAGGGUAACGUCACUGCUGACAAACCAGUAAACCAAGAUGUGGUGCCAGUGGCUAAAGAAGAAACUCUUGUAUCAGAAUCUGUACCGGGAGAUAACAGUGGUGAAGGAGAAAAUGGUCCUACUGAAGGAGACAUUGGUCGUACUGAAGGAGACAAUGGUCCUACUGAAGGAGACAAUGGUCGUACUGAAGGAGACACUGGUCCUCGUGAAGAUGGUGCCGAGAAAAGGUUAACGAACUAUGCAAACGUGGAAUACUAUGGAAAUAGAACAGCGGAAUACACCGACAACAUUAUAACCGAACCGGCUGACAAACGAAUGACCAUAUUUUCUGAGAUCCAGUCAGAAGAUACGUAUAAUAAUGUAGAGGAGGACCUUAAUAAUGGUACUGUUAGUAGAGGAAAAUUCUCAGAUGCAGACCUAUUUACUGUGGCUCCAAGUGGAUGGGAUGCUGGCCAAUUCGACGAUUCCCUCCCAAAAGUAACGACCACGGAAAACAACGACCUGUACUGCAACGUCGAAGCCCCGCAACAACAACCAACCCCCACUGAUGACGUCACCAAACAGCUGCUGACGUCACCAAUGUCUGGUGGUAAAUCCACCUCGCCCCUCCUCAACAUAGCCCUCCGACCCACCUCAAUGUACGACCCGGACCAGUCCCUGUUCGAGGGAGGAGAACAUGUGAACAGUGUUACGUCACAGGGUGGUGACGACAUCUACGAGAACCAACCGAUUAACAACAUGUCGUCUCCCCACAACAACCAACUACCUGUGACGACAAAAGAUAGGUUGCUUGCGGAGGGUUUUAGAGAGACAGACAUACAGCGAGCUGUGGACAUUGUCGGUGAGAAUGAGGAAAUGGCCAGAAAAUCCUGCAGAGUUUCGUUGCGAGAAACUGAGAUGAGGGCACCUCAAAAUUCUAAUGUUGAUUGAGAAUACAUGUGUAGUGUUGAUUAGAGGAUGUUUGAGCUUGGCUAAGUUUUGUAAUAUUUUCUUUAUAAUUUUUGCUGAGCUAGUUUGUUAAAUUUGUUAAGAUGUUUGAUGCGUGUUCUUCAUCUGAACUUUAUUAAAGCACCGUUGAUUUCUUGGUCACAUGACCCCAGGUUCGCUGUGACAAGUUAUUUAAGUUUUGUCCGAUAUCUAGGGCUACCGGUAUGAUGUUGCACGUGUGUGCGCGCGCAUUAUUUUUCCAUUCCCGUUAUCAGUUGUACACAGUGUCCAAAAGCUGCAGCGCGGUCCGAAAUUCUGUUGCGAAUAAGUUUGUCACAGUGAAAAUAGAUCUGUAGCAGUUGAUUGUUAUUACACCGUUUUAAGCCAAUCAAACUUUUUCGGUAAUUUUAAUUUUAGACUUUUUAAACUCCCUGCAAUAGCGUUUUAGAUAAUAAUACGAGGUUUACUUUUAUUUUGAUCGUUAUGAUUCUCGCCUGUGUCGCGAUUUAUAUGCGAGAGAUUUUACUCCAAAUUGUGUUAUUUCUUUAGUUAGGGAAAAAAAGUGUUUCAGAUACCUAUCUGGCAGAGAACUGCUCUUUUGGAUCCUCACUAACGCCAAAAAAUAUUUGUAGCACUAGCUUCCUAAGGAAGAAGCCUAGACAUCCCCAUUUCCAGAUGCCUUAACUUAUACGCGUACAAAUGUACGUUUACAUGCCUACUGUUAUACGUGUACAAAUGUACGUGUACAUGCCUACUAUUAUACAUGUACAAAAUAUGUACGUGUACAUGCCUACUAUUAUACGUGUACAUGCCUGGGGGGGGCCAAUGACUACUUUUGGGGACUUGGGGAAUUACGUCAACGAUUUUACCCCAAGUCCCCAUGAUUUUUAGUCCCCAAAAGUCUCCAUUAGUUCCCAUUUAGAUGAUUUUUAGUCCCCAUUAGUCCCCAAAAGUCUCCAUUAGUCUCCAUUUAGAUUUAUCCUACCCUUAUCUUGGACAAAACAUCUCGAUCGUAUCGUUAUUAAACUAACUUGAAAACCAUAAAUAACUGUCAAAAAUUCUGGGGACUUAUGGGGACAAAUGGUGAAUUACGUCAACGAGCUGACCUCUAGUCCCCAUGAUUUUUAGUCCCCAAAAGUCUCCAUCGGUAGUCAUUGGCCCCCCCCCCCCCCCCCCCCCCACAUGCCUACUAUUAUACGUGUACAUUGUAAAAAUCCUCUGCACUGACAGUAUGUUAGUAGGGACCCUAUAACGUUCUCUGGUUAAUAACUCAUUUGAUCUAGGUUUUCUCAGAUUGAUUCAAAUCCCCCUAAAUACCUGGUUAGUCAGUUAGUGGUAUGAUAAAGAAGUUUAACUUAAAGACGUUGUUGAUUUACAAUCAAAUCCGUUGGCCCGAAACAAGAGGCUAAAACGGUUGUCGCAAAGAAAAAUCUGAAUGAAUUAGAAAGGUCCUAGCUUGUAGCUCUGAUUAUUAGUUGGUCGGACAAAUGGACAAGAUUUUGUAUCUCCUUAGCAAUUACUGUUUACCUGAAGCUAAAAACAGAUUAUUUUUUAGUUUUAAGGCGAGACAACUCAUUAAGCUAUCCUGCUGAAAGUGGAGUUUGGAUUAUUUAUGGCUCUUUGACCGUAGAGUGGUUAAAUUGUUGCCAUUUUAUUCUGAGAGACGGAAGUAUUUAUAGUUAUACGUUGCAAGGGCGGAUCUGUUGAAUUUAUAGAAAUUGGUUUUACAUUUUAUUUUUGAAAAUUGUACAUUAUCUUCGUGACGAUAUGAAUAUGAUUUUGUUGAUUUCAAUAAUUUUCUUUACCUUA